UCCAAGGCUUCCGGGGCCUCGUCCCGGGAGGCGCGCCAGGCGCUCCUCAGCUAGCGGGCAGUUGGGGGCGCUGCGGGGAGGGCACCCGAGCGGGUGGGGGGCGCUCGGAAGGGUGGCGUGCAAGGUCAGGGUCGCAGUCCCUGGGGUGGCGUGGAAGGGCGCGGCACCGCGCGGACGAGGAUGGGACCGGCGCGGCCCGAGCCUGCCGGCACGAUAAGGCGGGUGACAGCCAGCGGGGAGGGGCGGGCGCCACCGCGUCCACGCCCUUUACUCGGGGCCGGGCCUGGAGGGUCCUCCGGCUUUGCGCGCUCCUGGCCGGCGGACUGAGGCGUACGGGUUGGACGCGGCGCCAUGCGCGGCCCCCCUGCCUGGCCGCUGCGGCUGCUCCCGCCACGGGGCCCGGCCGCUCCAGUGCGGCUCCUGCCGGUAGCCUGCGUGUGGGCCCCGGCCGGCCGCGCCCCCGGGUCCCUGUCGCCUCUCACUGGCCUGAGGCCGGCGCGGCUGUGGGGCGCAGGGCAAGCGCUGCUCGGGGGCUUUGGAGCCACGCGCCGCUGGAGGAGCUGCUGCCGGGGAGGGAGUCUGGGCGGCUCAGGGGGCGGCGCGGGCCUCGCGCGGCUCCUGAGGCUUUGGGCUCCGGCCCCGGGCAGCGGCAGGUGCGGGGCGUUCCCCAGGCCGGCAGCUCCUCGGCUUCCGCGCGCAGGGUUCCCGGGCAGUCCCGCAGCCACUGCCUGGGCGGGGAGCGAGGCCUGGCGGCGCGGGCCGCCGGCGCCUCCCGGGGACGACAGGCGGCUGCGCCCCGCAGCGGCCGGACUCUCAGAGGCCCGGAAGCUCCUGGGGCUGGCGUACCCUGAGCGCUGGAGGCUGGCAGCUGCAGUUGGAUUUCUCACGAUGUCCAGUGUUAUCUCCAUGUCCGCCCCUUUCUUCCUGGGGAAGAUCAUCGAUGUCAUCUAUACCAACCCCACUGUGGACUACAGUGACAACCUGACUCGCCUCUGCCUUGGGCUCAGUGGUGUGUUUCUGUGUGGUGCUGCUGCCAAUGCCAUCCGUGUCUACCUCAUGCAAACUUCAGGUCAGCACAUUGUGAAUAGGCUGAGAACUUCAUUAUUCUCCUCCAUUCUGAGGCAGGAGGUUGCUUUCUUUGACAAGACCCGCACAGGAGAAUUGAUUAACCGCCUCUCAUCAGACACUGCACUCCUCGGGCGGUCAGUGACUGAAAACCUCUCAGAUGGGCUCAGGGCUGGGGCCCAGGCUUCUGUAGGCGUCAGUAUGAUGUUUUUUGUCUCACCUAAUCUGGCCACCUUUGUUUUGAGCUUGGUGCCUCCAGUGUCAAUCAUUGCUGUAAUUUAUGGACGAUAUCUACGGAAACUGACCAAAGUCACCCAGGAUUCCCUGGCACAAGCCACUCAGAUAGCUGAGGAACGUAUUGGAAAUGUAAGAACUGUUCGAGCUUUUGGGAAAGAAAUGACUGAAAUAGAGAAAUAUGCCAGCAAAGUGGACUAUGUGAUGCAGUUAGCAAGGAAAGAGGCAUUCGCUCGGGCUGGCUUCUUUGGAGCAACUGGGCUCUCUGGAAACCUGAUUGUGCUUUCUGUCCUGUACAAAGGAGGGCUGCUGAUGGGCAGUGCCCACAUGACAGUGGGUGAACUCUCUUCCUUCCUAAUGUAUGCUUUCUGGGUUGGAGUAAGCAUUGGAGGUCUGAGCUCUUUCUACUCGGAGCUGAUGAAAGGACUGGGCGCUGGGGGGCGCCUCUGGGAGCUCCUGGAGAGAGAGCCCAAACUGCCUUUUAACGAGGGGAUCAUCUUAAAUGAAAAAAGCUUCCGGGGUGCUUUGGAGUUUAAGAACGUGCAUUUUACCUAUCCGGCUCGCCCAGACAUGCCCAUAUUUCAGGAUUUCAGCCUUUCCAUUCCAUCAGGAUCUGUCACGGCACUGGUUGGCCCAAGUGGUUCUGGCAAAUCAACAGUGCUUUCGCUCCUGCUGAGGUUGUACGACCCUGUUUCUGGAACUAUCAGUCUUGAUGGCCAUGACAUCCGUCAGCUAAACCCAGUGUGGCUGAGAUCCAAGAUUGGUACAGUGAGUCAGGAACCCAUUUUGUUUUCUUGCUCUAUCGCUGAGAACAUUGCUUAUGGUGCUGACAACCCUUCCUCUGUGACCGAUGAGCAAGUCCAGAGAGUGGCUGAAGUGGCCAAUGCAGUGGCCUUCAUCCGGAACUUCCCCCAAGGGUUCAACACUGUGGUUGGAGAAAAGGGUGUUCUCCUUUCAGGUGGGCAGAAACAGCGGAUUGCAAUUGCCCGUGCUCUGCUUAAGAAUCCCAAAAUUCUUCUCCUAGAUGAAGCAACCAGUGCGCUGGAUGCUGAAAAUGAGUACCUUGUUCAAGAAGCUCUAGAUCGACUGAUGGAUGGAAGAACAGUGUUAAUUAUUGCCCAUCGUCUCUCCACCAUUAAGAAUGCUAAUAUGGUUGCUGUUCUUGACCAAGGAAAAAUUACUGAAUAUGGAAAACAUGAAGAACUGCUUUCAAAACCGAAUGGGAUAUACAGAAAACUAAUGAACAAACAAAGUUUUAUAUCAGCAUAAAGAAGCAAUUAUUGGUAAACAAUAUGAAAGACUUUAAUACAAAAUAGUGAUGCAGGAAAAAAAACCCGAGAGACUAUAUGAAAUAUGUAAACUAUGUAUCAAGUUAUUUGAAAAAUACUUAUUUUUUCCAAAGUAUGUAAAAUAUUAUUUGAAAUGUACCUGUUCUCAAGAUCUUUUUAUUCAGAGUUUUAAUAAUUGCAACUUUUUAAAUGUCUAUAGCACUGAAGUUAUUUUCAGGUUUUGUAUUUUCCUUUAUUGUGAAAUAUUUUAAUGAAUAUAGCAUGGCACCUCAUUUUCUUUUCCGUGCUGUUAAAGAUUGAAGUUAUUGUCAAAUGACAACUUUUAAAAGGGAAUUAUAAAUAAAAAGCCUGAUUAUUUUA